UCAUGAAUCAGUAACGAAACCCUGUGCAUUCAGCUUCAGGCUUGGCUAAAGACACUAUGGCGAGUGAGAGCUUCAAGAAGGUUUUCCUGGACACCCAUAAUGCAUACCGGGCUGAGCACGACACCCCUGCCCUGAGCUAUAGUUCAGAACUGUGUGCCAUUGCUCAGAAAUGGGCUGAUCACCUGCUCCAGAACAACACCUUCGCCCACAGUCAAACCUCUGAUGGAGAGAACAUCUACUGCUCCACCAGCUCUGCCCCUGUCACUCCAAAAGGCAAUGAAGCGGUGGAUUCGUGGUAUAGUGAGAUCAAGGACUACAACUUUAAGAAGCCAGGAUACAACAAUAACACAGGACACUUUACUCAGGUGGUGUGGAAGGACAGCACAGAGCUGGGAGUGGGCGUGGCCACUAAUGGGAAUACUGUGUUUGUGGUGGGACAGUACAGACCGGCCGGGAACGUGAACACUACCGAGCAUUUUGACAAAAACGUUCUGCCCAAAGCAAAGACCACAGGCGGUGGAGCAGGAGGAGGAGGCCAGAAGAUGCCCUGCACUCUUAAAGCCUGUAUAAAUACUGAGGACAGAGGGCUGCUCCACACCUCCUGCACUCCUCUGCAGUCUGUAGGACUUAUAAUGGCAGAUGGAAGUUUUAAGCGCGAGUUCCUAGAUGCCCAUAACAGGUACCGGUCCCAGCACAGCGCCCCUCCCCUCAGCCUGAGCUCAGAGCUGUGUGCAGAGGCUCAGAAGUGGGCCAACCAUCUCCUCCAGAAGAACACCAUGAUGCACAGUGGAACCAGUCAUGGAGAGAACAUCUACUGUUUCAGAAGCUCAGCCUCAGUGAAGCUCACAGGCAGAGAGGCUGUGGAUUCCUGGUACAGUGAGAUCAAGUAUUACAGCUGGAGUAGUCCUGGAUACAGCAGUAAGACUGGACACUUCACUCAGGUGGUGUGGAAGGACAGUACUGAGCUGGGAGUGGGUGUGGCCUCCAGUGGUAAAAAGGUGUUUGUGGUAGGACAGUACCGACCAGCCGGGAACAUGAACAGUCCCAUGUACUUCCAGGAAAACGUCCUCCCAAAAGUUGCAGGUAGUAGUAACAUCAUUCCCAAAAGUCCUGGCUCAAACUCAGGACCAGGAUUCGAACCUGGAGAGACCAAAGUGAUCUGCUGCACCCUGCUGUAGACGACUGGAAUAGC